UGUGAAUGAUCCGGAAUACAAAAAGUGGAAUGAGAAGCGAAUUGAUAGGAUACUUGCUGAUUACAUGCUAAGAGAAGGUUUCAGUAAUACGGCUGAGCAAUUGGCUUCCGAAUCGGAAAUUGGUGCUCUCUCAGACAUUGAACUAUUCACACAAGCACGUGCCAUUGAGCAAGCUUUGCGAGGAAACAAUUUACAAGGACAUCGAUUAGGGGCAAAUAGUUGUACCGAAGCCUUAAAAUGGUGUAAUGAGAAUAAGUCAAACUUGCGUAAAAUUAAUAGCACGUUGGAGUUUAAUCUGCGUGUUCAGGAAUUCAUUGAAUUAUGUCGUGCAAAUAAAAAAGAGGAAGCGAUUGAUUAUUCUAAAAAACAUUUUAAAACAUACUUGGACAAUAGUAAAAAGGACUCUCAACAGGGAUCUGUCAGGAGACACGAUUCUCUUAAAGUAAAGUCUCGAAGCGACCCUCUUCUUUCACAGUUCCUUCAGAUGAUGGGAACUCUAGCUUUUCCACCAGAUACUACUUGUCCACCUUACAAG